AUGCCUGGCUCCUCGCGACUGCCCGUCAGUCUACGCGAUACCUUCAAUGCGCGGAAGAGCUCCGCUAACGGCCAGCUCGUGGCCCUGAACAUCGAUGUUCUGCGCAAUAUCAUCUUUGUUCUCUUCCUUCUCCGCUGGGCACGCAUCACCUUCUACCAACUCAAAGGUCGCGGUAUCUUCGGCUCCAUCAGCGAUGCCUACAUCAGUAUCCGGCGCUACCUCUACGGCAUCUUCCUUCGACUUCCCGGUGUGCGCGACAAAGUACAGGCACAAGUGUCUGAAUCGCUCCUGAAACUCGAACGCAAGCUUGUUCCGAGCGGGCCCGGCGUCGAGCGCAUCACCAGUCUACCCAGCGAAGGAUGGAGUGAGGAAGAGGUGCGCAAGAAGCUGGGUGAACUGGCCGACAUGGAACAUACCCGAUGGGAAGAUGGCCGAGUCAGUGGUGCGGUCUACCAUGGUGGGGACGAGUUGAUCAGACUACAAACGGAGGCGUUUGGCAAGUUCACUGUGGCGAACCCUAUCCAUCCUGAUGUAUUCCCUGGUGUGAGGAAGAUGGAGGCUGAGAUCGUAGCCAUGGUGCUCUCCCUCUUCAACGCACCCGAAGACGCAGCUGGUGUAACGACAUCCGGCGGCACAGAAUCCAUCCUUAUGGCCUGUCUAUCCGCCCGCAACAAAGCGUAUCACGAGCGUGGCGUCACACAACCCGAGAUGAUCCUCCCCGAAACCGCACACACAGCGUUCCGCAAAGCAUGCGAAUACUUCAAGAUCAAGAUGCACCUCGUAGCCUGCAAGGCACCGAGCUACAAGGUCCACCUCCCCUCCGUCUCCCGCCUUAUCAACCCAAACACCGUCUUGCUUGUCGGUUCUGCGCCCAACUUCCCCCACGGCAUCAUUGAUGACAUCUCCGGCCUUAGCAAGCUCGCCGUCAAGAAGAAGAUUCCCCUCCACGUAGACUGCUGCCUAGGAUCCUUCAUCAUACCUAUGCUACCCAAAGCGGGCUUCGACUUUGAGCCCUUUGACUUCCGUCUACCCGGCGUAACCAGCAUAUCUUGCGACACGCACAAAUACGGUUUCGCGCCCAAAGGAAACUCAACGGUGCUUUAUCGAUCGGAUGUCUACCGCAAGUACCAAUACUUCAUCUCACCCGACUGGUCCGGCGGCGUCUACGCAUCCCCUUCUAUCGCCGGCUCCCGCCCAGGUGCGCUGAUUGCAGGAUGUUGGGCCAGUCUCGUCAAGCAAGGUGCCAACGGGUAUCUAGACGCGUGCCACAAGAUCGUUGGUGGCAUGAAGAAGAUUGAAACUGCUAUACGGGAGAACCCUCAGUUAUCCCCCGAUUUGAAAAUAAUUGGGCAGCCUAAAGUCUCCGUCGUUGCGUUCUUGUCUAACACGUUGGAUAUCUAUGAUAUUGCGGAUGGGAUGAGUGCAAAGGGGUGGCAUUUGAAUGCCCUGCAGAGUCCGCCAGCUAUUCAUGUGGCUGUCACGCUGCCGAUUGUUGCCGUUGUUGAUAAAUUGAUUGAGGAUCUUGUGGAGGUUACAGAGGAGGUUAGGGAUGCGGAGCGGAAGCGUAUUGCCGAAGGAAAAGGCGCAAAGGGCGCCGUCAAGGGCGAUACCGCGGCGUUGUAUGGUGUAGCAGGAAGCUUGCCUAACAAGAGUGUUGUUGUGGAUUUGGCAAAGGGGUUUUUGGAUACGCUUUACAAGGCGUGA